AUGCUAACAUCACCGAAAGAGUAUGUGCAGAAAUGGAUCAGAAGCUCGAAUCGUGCACUCUCGAACAUUUACAUACGUUGGAUUGGAUUGUAUGGAUUCCCUUUUAUUAAAACUGAUAUCGGCAUAGUUAAAAGAUGGGGUAACUCUCUUCACAUGCUUCACAACAAGAGCAAUGCAUUUCGAGCCGGUAGAAGAUUGCGUAAUCAUACGGCCAAUUGGUUUCAUCUCGCAUAA